UUUUCUUUUCUCUCUUUGUUUCUCUUUGUUCCUCUUCUAUACAAACUACAAACCAGCAAUCAUGGCGUCUCAGGUUCCUCACGUCUUGCCUCGCGCUGCUACAGUCCAUUCCGCGACUGAACUUAUCGGCAACACCCCUCUUGUCCGACUCAACAAGAUCCCCCAGUCGCUGGGUAUCGAGUGCGAUGUCUACGUCAAGCCAGAGCUCUUCAGCGCUGGUGGUAGCGUCAAGGAUAGAAUCGCUCUGCGCAUGAUCGAAGAGGCCGAGAAGAGCGGCCGCAUCAAGCCUGGUGAUACUUUGAUCGAGCCCACCAGUGGAAACACUGGUAUUGGUUUGGCUCUCGUCGGUGCCAUCAAGGGCUACAAGACCAUCAUCACCCUCCCUGAAAAGAUGUCGGCCGAAAAGGUUUCCGUCCUCCGUGCCCUUGGCGCCACCAUCAUCCGUACCCCUACACAGGCUGCUUGGGACGCCCCCGAGUCUCACAUCGGUGUUGCUCGACGUCUCGAAAAGGAGCUUCCCAACGCCCACAUCCUCGACCAGUACAGCAACAAGGACAACCCCAACGCCCAUGAGUUCGGUACCGCCCAGGAGAUCUGGGAGCAGACUGGUGGUAAAAUCACUGCUCUCGUUGCUGGCGCUGGUACUGGUGGUACCAUCACUGGUAUUGCUCGCGGUCUCAAGAAGCACAACCAGGACAUCAAGGUUAUCGCUGCCGAUCCCCAUGGCAGUAUCCUUGCUCUGCCUGAGCUCCUGAACCAAGAGCACAUCAACGAAGGUUACAAGGUGGAGGGUAUUGGAUACGACUUUAUCCCCGAUGUCCUCGACCAGCACAUCGUCGACAAGUGGUACAAGACCGAUGACCGAGAGUCCUUCCACCUUGCUCGCCGACUCAUUUCCGAGGAGGGUCUUCUCGUCGGUGGCAGCUCUGGUUCCGCCAUGGCUGCUAUGCUUCUCGCCGUCAAGGAGUACGGUUUCAAGAAGGGUGAUGUCGUCGUUGUUGUCCUGCCCGACAGCAUCCGAAGCUACCUCUCCAAGUUUGCCGAUGACGACUGGCUCGCCGCCAACAACCUCCUCCCCGUCAACGGAGUCGAGUCCACCGUCAACGGCAACGGCGACAAGAAGAACUCUGACCCCUACGAGGGCGCCACCAUUGCUGCUCUGCGCCUCAAGCCCGUCACAUCCGUCGGUGCCACCUCCACCUGCUCCGAGGCCAUCGAGACCAUGCGCGACAAGGGUUUCGACCAGCUCCCCGUCCUCUCCGCCAGCGGAACCAAGCUCGUCGGUCUUGUUACCCUCGGUAACCUCCUGAGCUACAUCUCCAGCGGCCGCGCCACGGGCCAGAGCUCCGUGUCAGACGUCAUGUUCGAUUUCGCCCGUCUCGACGAGAUCGUCACUGACCCCCGCGAGUUCGCCUCCCCCAUCAACCCCGGCAAGCGCAGGCAGUUUGUCGAGAUCACAAAGGACACACCCCUCACCACCCUCAGCAAGUUCUUCGAGUGGAACAGUGCUGCUGUUGUAACCGAAAAGUCGGGCGACUCCAAGUCUCUGUCCAAGCCCAUUGCUGUCGUCACAAAGGUUGACCUCCUCACAUGGAUGAUCAACAAGAAGUUGUAGAGAAAGAAAGAAAACCUCGCGAGAGGAUAGGAACGAGUACUCAUGUUUUCAACGACAUUCACGUCUGGCGUUCCAGGAUACCUUUUUAGAAAAAGAGAUGGAUUAUUUGGAUAAGUUUGUUUGAUAGACUGCAUUUUUGGGCGGUAGACUCAACAUCUACAUGGCAUUUGCGGCGGGAAUUUUCUACGUAAAUUAAAAAUGUCAUUAAUAUAAUUGUGUCAUCCAAUUGAACCUCCUGCUUGUGAAUGUUUCGUCGUUUAUAUGCGUUGAGCAAUCCACCACCACCACUUGUCUGCACCAGGGCCAUCGCCGGUGACGUUUCCAGGGAGAACAUCGACGUCGAUGUCAAAUUCUUGGAGUUGGCUAAAGGUGAACUUGGAUGAACCGUACUCGCCCAGCCAAGAAUCCUGCUCCUCUGAACCGAUAUCAUCAGAUCCAACGCCCGAAUCCAAAAGUCCCUUGCUUCGCGAAGCACGGAUUCUCGUCAGCUCAGCCUCCAGGUUGGUCUUGACAAGGGUUGACGGAAGCGCAGUAAAGAGGUCCAUCUUGUUGGCGGCGAUGAGAAUUGGGAUCGAAGUCUUGGUCUUGGUGUUGGUAGCGCGCUUCUGCAAGAACAGCAGGACAUCAUAGAGGUACGCAGCGGUGGGCGCAAGAACCUCGGGCUCUCCAAUAGCAGCAGCAUCCACGACGAAAACAACAGCCUUGAGCUUCUCGGUGCGGUUCAGCUUGGCCUCAGCGACGUUUCGCAGCUUGCCAUGACCGGGGGUGUCGAUGAGCAGGAACUUGGUGUAGGUGCCGUCGUGAACAUCGUGGUUACGGUACGAGUGCUUGUGCUCAGAGUCGGUGGAAGCGUUGAGCUCGACGUCGUGCGACACCUGCGAAGUGUGCGUCUCGGUACCAGUGGCGCCGCGCUCAAAUAGCGUGAGAAGUGAGGUUUUGCCAGAGUUGGCGGGACCGACGAGGAGAACGCUGGGAGGGACGGUAUAUGUCCUCGAGGAGGCCAGGAGAAGGUGAAGAAUGAUGGGAGCACCAAGGACGAUGAGAGCGCCAAUGAUGAUGGUGGUGAGCGAGGGGGUCAUGAUGGCCUCUACGACCUCGAUAAAGUUGACCAUGGUGAGCGGAAGUGCGGCACCAAUUGGCGCCAGUAGUUGUCGCGAGGUUGUAUCAAAGCCGGAUGAGCCGAUGCAAGGGACGAGGUAAACCUGGAGAGGCUUAACUGUAUCCUCGUAGUUAAUUGCGAUCGUUUAGAUGACGUUGCAAGCUUCAGAGGAAACGU